AUCCCUAGUACCUAUUAGUGUAAUGUUUGUCUGACGGUUCAAAAAGUAAUGCGAGUUGGUUGUUUCAAACAUUCUUACUCAAUGCACAAAAGCAGCCCAGGUGAUUUGGAUACAUAAUAUUUUGAUUUCAUCAUUCCAUUUUUUUAUUUUCGCGUUUGUUAUCAUGUCCAGAUAGGAAUCAACUGGCCGUACAUUUCUGGAUGACAUUAAUUCAUGACGUUUUAAUCUAUUGAAUAAUAGGAUGUGUCGUGAUGUGUUAAGUUUUUUACUUAUAUUUACAAAAUGGAUGUCAAUAAAGAAUUUGAUGACUUUCUGUCAAGCAUGGAGAAUUUCAACAUAAAUGUCGCAUCAGAAUUUUUAUCAAAUAUUAGCUAUGAUACAAAUCAUGCUGAGGACGUAAUAGAAUUACUUGGAAAGGGAUUAACAAAUGAAUAUUUUAAAAGUAGACCUGAUUACUUCAACUUUUGUGAAGAACAGUUACUUAAAUUGGCAAAUAAUGAAGAAUAUCAAGAGCUAAUUUUUGAUUUUUUGGAUAUUAUUGAAAUGGAUGAUUGUAAACUAUCAUCAUCUGUUCUAAUUGUAGUAACUGUCUUGGAGAAUACUGAAAAUCCAAAUCGAGCAUCCCUAGAAUAUUUGUUGAUUGGUACUUUUAAUCGUUUAUUUGAAAUGGAUGUCACAAAUUUAAAGGAAAUUUUGCCAACCAUAGUACAACUUUUAAUAAAAUUAAAAAAACAUUUUCUACUCCAACAAUCAAUUUUAUUUUAUUUUGCUAGGGUCGCUUUCUUAGUGUUGAAUGCUAAUAUUGAACCAAUUGAGUAUCUAAACUUAUUGUCUAACAUAAUUUAUGAUCCUUUUUAUUUACUUGAAUAUGAAUUUGAUGAAAUUGAAGAAAAAGAAGAAAUAUUAUAUAUUGCUUCAUUCUUUUAUCUAUACUUUAAAACUGGAAUGCAAUGGGGACCUAAGAUUUACAAUCAGUUUUAUGUCUUAGAUAAAUGUUGUAAUUUAGCUAUGAUUGUGUAUGAAGACACCAAUUUUGGAAAAGCUUUUGCAAAAUUAAUUUUAACAAAAUUUAAAAAUAAUGAAAUUCCGUUACAUUCGUUGAAUACACACCAUGAAUAUUUUUUAUCAGAAGCUACACACAGUUCCAUGUAUAAUGAAAAUCUGAAUGUUAGGAAGGAAUCAAUGGAAUCAUUGAUGGUAUUCAUCGAUAAAUUAUGCACUGAUGCUCAGUAUGUAGUUUUUAAACAUGUGUUUACAAAACCAUUUGAUUCUUGUAUCAAAGAACAAUUUAUUGUUAAAAUGAAAAACCUGAUUUUUUUAAAAUUAAAUUCAGAUCAUGAUCUUGGAUGUUUUCAGGGAAGAAGACUCUUAAAUAUUAUUAAAUUAUGUUGUAAUAUUUCCUUUAAACGUGGAUUCUAUCUUCAAAACAAUAAAGAACAUAUUUUGGGUGCUAUAUCACUUAUUUAUUUAUUAACAGUCCACGAUAUUGACAAGUUAAACAUGGGCGAAGAAUUAUCAAACGUUACUAAAAAAUUUGUGGACGUCGUUCAAAAUGUCAUUGAUAAAUCACACGAAGAACACAAAAUCGAACUAAAAAAUUUAGAUAGUAAUGUUUGUAAAGUAAAAGGUGCAGAAGUGAUAAUAGAAGAUAAUUUAAAUUCAAAUCCAAAUCUAAAAUUGUCAAACGAAGAAAAGCGAGAUUUAUUAUCACAAAUGAACACUAACAUAUCAUUAGUCCAGGCAAAUCUGGAUUUGUUGAAAAGUUUUGUCGUAUGAUAAAGAUCUUCCGUGUAAUACAUUUAAAUUUAGUAUUUAGGGUUAAGCGUGUAUGUAAAUUUAAGUUGUAUUUAUGAAAAUAAAUAAAAAUGUUACAGGUUUUAACUUUUAAGUACUUUUUGUAAUUAUUAUGUAUUGGUUAUUUCACUGUAGGGCUCAGAAGUUGUUACAUUUGUAUUUUUUUGGGGGGCUAUUAGAUUAAUUUCUAAAUAAGUUUGAAAUUAUUUUCAUGACACUAUUAAAAAUCUAUAGUGCAUUUUUUUGCAUAUUUAAUGAUUUUGUGGUUUUAAGAGCAUAUUUCUUAAAUUAACCAUUUUCUAGAGUAUAUUUGAUGAUUAAUGAUAAGUUUAUAAACCAAUUUGAAAAUUUACCAUUAAAAAUAAUAAAUACAUCAUAAUGUAUAUGUAUUUAAUUAUUUUGAAAGUUUUCACUAGAUAUUAUUGAUUAUUGUAUAAUUUGCCAUUUUUAUUAAUAAAUAAUUAGUAAAAAUUAUACAAUAUAUAAAUAUUUUUUAACAAAAUAUUGUAUUUAUGAAAAUUGCGAAUAAAAAAGUGCAUAGUUGUACUUUUUUUAUCUUCGGUUUUCGAUAGUUCUUGGAUGAGUGACCACCUGGGUUUUUUGCAACGAAUCCGUGUCCCAUUUAAACACAUGUACCUCAAACAACCGUACCCCCCCCUCCAUAAACGCGCAAUGACCUAUGUUUCCAAGGGUCAUUUAAGAUGAAAAAACAGCAGAAAAGUAUAUGAAUAUAAAUGAGGAGUUUUUUGUUAUGUUCUUGCCAACUUUUUUGUAUUAUAUUUUGUCAUACCCAUGAUGAAACAUAAUUACAUAAUGUUUUCAUAUAACGUUUUGUUAUUUUUUAUGUGUGUCUUCCAAAAGCAAAUUAACAGAUUCAAAAUAUAAGUAGGACGUAGGGCAUAAAUAGUUUUUAUAUUUAACCUAACCUAACCCACAGACAAUGUUUUCUUUAUUUCCUUUUCUUAGGGCUGACGGUAUUUUCGGUAUACCGUAAAAAACCGAACUGUUUCGGUAUACCUAAAUACCGAUAUGGUACGGUAUACCGAAAUAAUAAAUAAAAUCUAACUAGUAUCGAUAUUUUUUACUUUUAUUGUUUCACAUUAUAUACUUUAUUAUAUACUAUAAUAUAUAAUAUUACCAUUGAUACUAGAAAACAGUACUAAAACCGUUCAUUCGGUUUUUUACGGUAUACCGUUUACCAAAAUAAUUUUAAAAUACCAGUAUACCGAAAAUAUUGUCAGCCCUUAAGAGGAUGUCAGCGCACUAUUGGUUUUCUCUCUCUGGCCCACGCGCAACAUAGACAAAACGCAUUUGCGCAGAAUCGUUUUUUCUAUGUUUUUAAGUAAUCUUAGAGUAAAAUCACCCAUUACAAAAAAGAUAGAGAAUAAUAUUUUUGAGAGAAUGUCAUAUCGAUUUCUCUAAAUAUUGUUUCAAAACAAUUUAAACAUGAUUUAAAUUUACAACAUUUUUUUGUUUAUUUUGAAACUCAAAUACAAAUUCAAAUAACAAUACAAUCUAAAAUCGAUAUGACAUUCCCUCAAAAAUAUUAUUUUUUAUCUUUUUUGUAAUGGGUGAUUUUACUUUAAGAUUACUUGAAAACAUAGAAAAAACGAUUCUGCGCAAAUGCGUUUUGUCUAUGUUGCGCGUGGGUCAAACAGAGAAAACAAAUAGUGCGCUGACAUCCUCUUAAGGCCUUUUAAACCCUAAAUCUAGGGUUUCCACUAGAUUCGUGUUCGUGUACGUGCAUAAAAAUACUUUUCUGUGAUUUGUUGGUGUGAAUGGUAAGCUUUUGGUAUACCAGAGUGUUAUACGUUCCUACCACAGGCUUGAUCAUGAUACCAUGAAGUUGGAUCCAAUUCAACUUUUCACGUGUACACGGCUCUAUAUUGAUAACAAUAUUGAUAACAUAAGAAUAUAUGAAAACUAAUAUGUUACCAAUCUUAACCGAUCUAACCCAUAUUAACCGAUGGGAAACGUUUUUGAGACCGUUCAUAGCGAACGUAUCCGGUCAAUAUAUGCACGCAAACGUACACGUAUGUAGUGGAAACCCACCUUAACCGUAUCAUAUCGGUAUUUAAGUAUACCUAAUCAUUUCGGUUUUUCGGUAUACCGUUUCGUACCGGUAUUGAAAUCAAUACCGUAAUAUCGAAAAUUAUUUUCAAUACCGUCAGCCCUACCUUUUCUAUACUUGCAAAUUCUUUAGAUUCUUAAGUUUUUUUUUUCUAUCAGUCGUUACCUUUUUGAACAGUAAAAAUGAUUUGAUUUUCACUUAGAGGGUGGUUUCUCUUCGAAAAAUAAAUCUACCUAAUUGGUACUUUGGUAGGUAAAAAGUAAAAAUAAUCGGGAAGAACCAAAGAAAACUACAGUUAUUGCUCCACUCAGAAUCUAAUAUUAAGGGAAGACAUGAAAUAUAACAUGAUAUCUGGUUCUCACGAAACGAGUUCUACGUGAAUUUUAAGUAAUAAGAGUCAAGGGGUACUGGUUGUUCAGAUUGAAUUUUUCUAACGAUGUGUAAUGUAAAAAUGAAUAACUGUAUAGAGACUUCUAACUUAUUUUUAUAAGUUUUUAUAAUAGCAGUUGAAAAAUAUUAAAGACACAUAAGCAUGAUUUAUUUUUAUAAGCAUUUAAAGUUGAAAUCCUUACAAAAUUCAUCGUUGUCUGGAAGAUUUGCUAAUUAUUUUAUGUAAUUAAAAAUUUAUAAAAUAUAUCAAUUUGUAUAACGUAGUCUAUCGUCUAUCAGCGACGUAUUUAGGAAUUUGUCAUGGGGAGGAUCCAGAUAAUUUUCAGAAAACAGAGCCACAGGGGAAAAGCCAAGCCCCCCAUACCGCCCAAUUACUCUUUAUUAAAUAAAUAUACCAUAUUUAUAAAACGAUAUAACAUUUUUGAGUUUUUAAUUAUUAAAUAAUAAUAUGUACAAAACAAAUUUAAAAAAAGCGGGUAAGUGGAUGUACAGUAGGUUACAAGUGGGUCAAUGUUUAAUGGAUUGUAUUAAACUUGAAUUCAAUGAUAUAAUAUCAUUGUAUAAGAAAAACGAUUCCGACCAGAGACGGUUCGUCAGUCUGGAUAUUUUAUAUUGUUAUUAUUUAUUAUAAAUAAAUAAUAACGACGUUUAAAGUGGAGCUGGUGCCGUGACCUACUAGUCGACUAGUCCACCAUCCUGUUAUGAAGUGCUAUUAAUGAAUAGCUUCUUCUUCAAGCCAACCAUGACCAAUGCCCUAUAAUUGUUUUACCCCUCUAUUGUGCUUAUUGCAAUUAUAUUUUUAUACAGAUUGUACAAUUAAAAAAACAAAUAUGACAAAAAAUAAAUAAAUAAAUAAUUUAUUAUAGCCUGUAAGUUGAAUUAAUAUUGAAAUAUAUAUUUUUUUUUAUUCGUUUCUAUGGUGAUAAACAAAGCGUUAGAAAUCUCAUUUUUUAGCGGUUUUUCGUAAUUUUUCGAUGGUUUUUCCCGUGGCAUUAAAUAACUAUUGAGAAAAUCAAAAAAAUGACCUCCCUUAUUACCACGAUAUUAAUUGAAAAUGUUGAUAACUGAAGCUUCGAAUUUUUUUUAUAAAAUCCUUCGUAUCUUAUGAUAAAAUUUGUUUUUCUUAAUCAUGUAAAAACACAACAUUUAACAUGUACGAGACACAAGUCAAUAGGGGGGAAAGGUCCGGACCCCUUGGACCCCCCGUAAAUACGCCACUUUCGUCUACGACAAUGGUCUGUGAUAGUAUCACGACUUGUUGUUGAUGUUAUAAUUUUAUAAGUACCUACCUAAUGAAUCUAAUGUGAUUAAUUUGGAAAUUAUUUUAUAAGUACAUUUUUUCAAAUAUUUAUGUUCGUAUGAAAUAAUAAUUCAAAAUAUAUGUAUGCAAAAGUCAAUAAUACAUUACUCAGUAAUGAUUACUGGGUACUUAUAAAGCUAUAUUAUAUUAAUUUAUUAGGAUAAUUUGCAAAUAAUAUUAAUUCAACCGACCUACCAUAUUAAUAAUGAUAACGUAGAUAUAAUAUAGAAAUAAUUAUAUAAUAUAUAAUAGGUAUAUUAUAUUAUAUUAUGUUAUGUCUCCAACUACAUUAACCCACCCUUAAUUUGUUAUUGUAUUAUGUUUUGUUUGUAAUUUAUUAGUAUUUUGUCAACUACAACUUUUGUAUCAAUAACCUAUUUAUAUGUAAAUUUACUUUUUUAUGUGUAAAAAGCCGAUUGGCGUUAAUAUCAUUAAAUAAAAAAAAAAUAAUUCGUACUCGUACAUACCAUAUCCUCCCAACUGUUACUGCAAUCGGUGAGAAAGAUAUCAGCGUUGUUUUUACGUUUUGUUUUUGUGGUUUUUCACUUUUUU